AUGAGCUUCUCUCAUCCACUUUCAAACGAUCCGCCACCUGCUGGUACUCGCCGGCGAGCAGUUUUGAGCCGCCCUACUUCGAACUACUCUAGUGUCAAAAAUGCAUCGGAUGAGCGAAUACAUGUACCCAGACCCAUUCACGUCAUCCCGAAAGUAGAUCUUGGUGUCCGCGCUGAACAGCUAGACACACCACAGACAGCCGUCCCACCGGAGACCAAACGCACCACUCCACUACCUAGAACCCCCGUUCUGAACCUUGUGGAAAGUGACGAUGACCCUACUAGUAGCUUGGUCCUCUCCACUCGUUGGCAUACCCUUUCGGACCAGGAAAUACAAAGCAGUAUAGCCAGCUUGUCAUCUGUGCAAUCACCAUCAGAAGAAUCAAAGCACCCGUAUCACGAAACCAUCAGGAUACUUUCCGCUACUUGUGAGAGGCUCGUUAAACAAGCCGCUGCUUUAGAACGCGCAAGAAAGUCGCUGCAGCAACAAGAGGCACGACGUAAACGAGCAGCUGAGCAGGCUGUUAAGGAGCUUAAACCUGGUCAAAGAGAUACUGGACAACAGUUAUUGCAAGCUAUUUAUGGACUCGAACCUACCGAGACAAUUCAGAAUAACACUCUUCAUCCAACCAGCAAAUCUCCUCAGUCUUUACCAAUGUCGCUCUCCGAAGCUAUGGAAGAAGUAUGGACACCACCCGCUCGGGAAGCACCCGUACUCAAGCCCACAUUACCUCUGGACAUCCCUCCCUCAGAAGCGAAGUUAUCUCGGAGCCGAGCAUCGAGCUUUACACCAGCCAGCUCAACAACAAGUUACAGCGUACGGAGUGACAAAACAGGCGGCAGUAAAACAUUCCUUGGUGGCUGGUUCGGCCGCUCCGUUCCCAAAAAUUCAAUCACACCAGAGCCCGACGACCGCGAUGGAGAUAUAGAUGCAGACGUGGUAUCCGUUGCUUCUGGAAAUGGAGGCAACGCGACUGCUAAAAUGGUCACUGGAGUUUUACGAAAAGGAAGAAACGUAUUCAACGCGUUUGGUAUUACGCCUACCUCUGCUGUUCAAAGAUCCGCCGAAGAACCGACGGAGGCAGACACCUUAUCUUACUCAAGUUCCCCCGCCUCCAGAAUUACGUCAUUACCUUUCCAAGCCCCCUUAGUAUCGCCCGUGCUUGCAGUUACGACCUUUUCAACGAAAGCACCUUCUAUUGCCGCAUUCUCUUUGGACUCUGGCGAACAUGACCCCCGAACGUCGACGUCUGAACAGCCGGCCCCGAUGCACCCUGCGCAAUAUCUUAGACAAAACGGUCACCCUACCCAUCUACAUGCAAUCGUACAAGCGACAAGGGUUAUGUCCGCUGAUCCACGGAGCAUUCUGGUGGACACUGGAGAAGAAACGAGCGAUUUAGUUGCCAAAGGGGCUAUGGCCCUUGUUCAAAAUGUUAAGGACGAACAAAUUGUAGCUCAUGAGCAAGGCAAGAGCUUGGAACGGAAACGAAGUAGAAGCCGCCCUCGACGGCCCAGUACACCUGCCGCCGGCUUGGGUGAUCUUCGCAAGGACGACGAAGAUAGCGAUGACAACCCGAACCAGUCGGCAACUGCGAGUCUGGGUCGCGCCCUGGCUAUACAAGAACUCAAAACUAGCAAUAAGGCAGGAACUAGUGGAGGUGGUGUAGGGUCGAAGUUCAGGAGCUUAGCUCCAAUGGCAGUCGCAGCUCUCAGCACCCCAAUUUUGAGCGCAUUCCCUCGCUCAAACCGUUCUGGACAGUCUCCCGUCACGACCACUCCGAAUCCUGCCAACCCAUUAUCAUCAAACACAAACACAAACCCCGUUGCUGGUUCGGCCACACAACCCCCUGCCGCACCCAAUGCUGGCACAGGGGGCACCAAGAAAGGCCGCGGAACAGUUGAACUCAAUUCUAUUGUCCCUGUCCAACUUCAACCACCCACUCAGUUCCUUUCGCGCGCAUAUACAUCUUCUCGUCUUACAUCGCCCGACUUCAAACCCCAGCUAGCGUCCCGGUUUACAAGGGGUAGCGAGUUUGAGGGAGAAGGGGACGAAGAAGCCAACAAGAAACUGCAGGCACAGCGGCGGUUGGGCAUGACAGACCGGUAUGGGUUCAUCUACGGCGUCAAUGCAUAUGAUGUGCGACUUCUUCAACGCGCGAGGGAUGCCAGUAGUUCUGCGCCUGCCUGUUUGACUGGGAUGAAGGUUCAAGAAAGGGAAGACGAGAAUGUGAAAGUGAUUAAACCCGAAUUGGAAUCCCCCGAUAAAGUAGACGUUCUCCUUGAAAGCGCAGAUCCGAGUACCAGUAUGACCAGUAGCGACUAUUUGGAUGAUAAUGCUGCUCUCAAAUCAAGUGCCUCAUCUAGCAAAUCAAAGCCAGUGGGCACGAAGCGGUCCCCAACGAUGAACACACUCCCGAGAGCGGCGCCUAUUGUCACUGCAGAUACAACUCCGGCUACAGCGGACAGUACGACCGCUUCUGUUGCUGUUUCGACCGGCUCUUUAUCCACGUCCACAGUUGUCAUCUCAAACAGUCGAAUGGAACGCGUUUUUGAAGAAGAGACGCAGACACCCAAUCUACUCUCAUUCAUGUCUGCGGAUAACGAGAGAGAUAGCGACGAAGAGAAAGAUUGGGGGAUGGGCAUAGUCGGUAUUGAUCGAAUGGAUGCUGCGAGUGCAAAAGAGUUUGCUAGGCUUGUCAGAGGAGGGAUUCCCUUGAUAUACAGGGACAAAGUGUGGAGCGAAUGUGCCGGUGCGGCAGAGGUUCGUGAACCUGGGGUAUUUCAGGAUCUUUUGAGGAACCACGAAGGCGAAGAGAACCCAGCUUUGAAGGAAAUCGAAAAAGAUGUGGUUAGGACAAUGCCACUGAACGUUUUCUUUGGUGGGGAUGGUGUAGGGGUGGCCAAGCUAAGGAGAGUGCUUCAAGCAUACAGUUGGAGAAAUCCUGAUAUCGGGUACUGCCAGGGUAUGAAUCUAAUCGCGUCUACUCUCCUCCUCGUCUUCCCGAACGAAGAAGACGCAUUCUGGGUUCUAACCUGCAUAAUUGAGAAAUUCUUACCACCUGAGUUCUUCUCGGGAUCGCUCACCAGCUCCCGUGCCUGUCCGCUCGUGUUGCUAGAUUACGUUGAGAUUCAUCACCCAAGAGUGUACAAUCAUUUACUCGACAUGGGUGUUGAUCUUCCUGCAAUUUGCUUUUCUUGGUUCCUUUCAAUGUAUACGGAUUGUCUUCCUGUUGAGACGCUCUUUCGGGUUUGGGACCUCAUUUUUGCCGAUAAGCUCGAUGCCCUGUUUCGCAUUGGCUUGGCGAUCAUACGAAUAAACGAACCCGACUUGCUCGCUUGUGAUUCCGCAUCAGGACUAUACCAAUACCUGGAGGGGAUGACGGCACGCAUGUGGCAGGCGGAUAGGCUUAUGAAAGUCGAGUCAGAAAUCAAGAACUUAAUGUCUCAUGAUGAUCUGGUUCGACGGCGAGAUACGCAUGUUGCGAUGCUGCAGAGCCUCUGA